AUGUCCAGCCCACCUCUUCAACCUGCACCCUGUCUUGCCCCCCGCUCUGCGUUUUUCGUUGGACUGCUGCUCCUCGUCCUCUGGGGGCCCUCAGAGGUCAGAUGCCAGAAUGACACGGAGCCGAUCGUGUUGGAGGGAAAGUGUCUGGUGGUUUGUGACUCCACGCCGUCGGCAGAGCCAUCGGGUAACGCUCUGGGCAUGUCAGUGAGGUCAGGAACUGGUCGAGUGGCCUUUUCAGCCAUCCGCAACACCAACCAUGAACCCUCGGAGAUGAGCAACCGCACCAUGACCAUCUACUUUGACCAGAUCUUAGUGAACGUUGGCAGCCACUUCGAUCCAGCGAGGAGCAUCUUUGUGGCUCCCAGAAAAGGAGUGUACAGCUUCAGCUUUCAUGUCGUCAAAGUUUACAACCGACAGACAAUACAAGUGAGUUUGGUUCUCAACGGCUGGCCUGUGAUCUCGGCCUUCGCAGGCGACCAGGACGUGACCAGGGAAGCUGCCACCAACGCCGGGCUGGUGAUGAUGGAGCGAGGGGACAAGGCUUACCUCAAACUGGAGAGAGGGAACCUGAUGGGAGGGUGGAAGUACUCCACCUUCUCUGGGUUUCUGGUGUUCCCCUUGUAGGCUCGGUUGAUUCAGGAUGGUGUUCCUGUCAUGGUCACUGCUACGGAGGAGUGGGCAGGGUGGGAAAUAAAGAUAGUUUUGUUGCUUUGAAGCCCUUGACAUAAAGGAGGAGGCAUUCACGGGUAAAUGCUGAUGCUGCGUCCUAAUGUGCAUCAGAUGAAUUGGGUGAACUCACUUUGCACCAAAUACUCCUGAAUGUAAUUUCCAUUGCACUAUUAUGGCUUAUUGUCUUUUGUCUGACACGUAGAUGGUAAUGUGUUGUCUGUGCUUGCUUACACCGGGCUUAUCAAAGGUUUGUGGUUUUCCUUUAAUGCAUGAAACACAAAGGAGCAAAUGUUUGUGGCAA